AUGUUCCGCGAUCUGUGCUUAGGGUUCUUCAUGGCGCAAGCUAAUCCCGCCUCGCACGCUGGUUUCAAGAACCGGAUAACUCUCAAUUUGGAUGUGCUUCGAAGCUUGGAGGCUUGGUGCGCAGACGAGUGGAACUCCGAGCAUCUUUUCUCUGAAGAAAGAGCAGGCCAGCCGCAGAUGACUUUUCUUGGCCCCGACAUUGACGCCGACCGUGACAACAUUGAUGUCGACAGUGACCUCGACGUAAACACCGACAAGAUUGAUGUCAACGGUGACCUCGACAUCGACACCAACGGCGACCCAGACAUUGAAGCUGACAGUGACGCCGACAGUGACACACUGUCUGAGAAAAACUUCUUGCGUGUGCAGGCCAUGGCUCAGCGUGAGGAGAAGCUGUGCGCCCUAGAGUUUCGACGUGACUUCAUCAAACUGGAAGUUGCAAUAAGUGAGGCGGCAAUGGCCCAACUUGACGUGGCAAGACAGUUUGCCGAAACCCAGUUGGAUCCAACGGGCAACGGGGCCGGACACCUCCACCGGGAUAAAUAUUUCGUGGAGUGGAUGGUCUUGCGACAUUUUAUGCUCGUAGCACUACGCAAGGUGCACGGUGCCCUGGGAAGCAAGUCGUUCUUGAAGGGGCAUCAGUACGAGUUGUGGGAUCUGGUGGACCCGCUCUGGAAGAGUGAUGAAGUCUUGACGGGAUCCCACGGCUCGUACUGA